AUGGCAGCGCUCCCAACCCCGUUCUACUGCCUCUGGCAGAAGGAACACUCGUCCCUAGGCGCCAAGGUCCUCGACCUCCUCCCGAAGCGCGACCUCGCGUCCCUCCGCCUCGCCAGCUCCGCCUGCUGCAACAUCGCCACCAAGCCCCUCUUCAAGCGCAUCCGCGUCACCUUCUCGGCAAACACCUUCACCAAGCAGUCCCGCAUCCAGGCCCUCGCCCGCGUCGGCCACCACGUCGAGCACCUGCACUUCCACUUUGCCCACUCCGACGCCACCUUCCUGCCGCCCCUCGUCCACCCGACCACCGGCCGCGAGAUCUGCUUCCUGUACACGCCGCACACGAGCAUGGCCUCGGUGCUCGCCCGCCCAAAGUACGCAAACACGGAGCUCGGCGAGAUCCUGACGCAGCAGUACCCGCCCCUCUUCCACGCCGCCACCAACGUCCCCAGCUUCAUCAACGCCAUGCGCUACCUCGUCAACAUCCGCCACCUGACCAUCCGCUGCCCGGGCCAGGACCCGCAGGAGCGCUACCGCCGCGACACCGUCGACUACGCCAUCAUGAGCCUGCGCAUCGCCGUCGAGCGCGCGCCCCUCGAGCGCCUCGAGAAGCUCUCCCUGUCCGGCAUGCACCCCUCGUCCUUCAACUACCUCCGCCACGUCCCCGGCUUCGGCGCCGUGCCCUCGGCGGGGCGCCGGUGGAAGCAGAUCCGCAAGCUCAACAUCUCGGUCGAGGCCUGGGACUUUUACGGGCCCUCGCCGGGGCUCGACCACCUCAAGAUCCUCGACGACUACAUCCGCCAGUUCUCCGGCACGCUCGAGAAGUUCCACUUCACCUGGCUCGGGCCCAAGGGGCCCUGCCCCAUCGCCCUCUCGGCGGACCCGCUGUUCGCGCCGCCGAGGCACAGCAGGAAGCUCUUCAACGAGGUGACGUCGCCCAUGUCGCCGCUGCCGCCGGCGCCGGGCCGCAAGCCGAUGCACUUCCCGCGCCUGCGGUACAUGCAGGUGCGCAACGCCACCAUGACGGCCGGCCAGCUCUCGGACCUGGUCAACGCGCACCAGAAGACGGUCAAGGAGUACGACUUUGACAACGUCGUGCUCAUCAACGGCGGCGACUGGGACGAGGCCCUCGCCCCGCUCAUGGAGUCCGCCAGCAGCAGCGACAUCUGGUCCCAGCACUCGCGGAGCAACUCCGAGGCAGACAGCCUCCACUCGGCCGAGGCGUCCCACGACGACGACCUGCCCUCGCCGUCCGCCGCGGCGGCCGCUGCCACUCGAGAACUACUCGACUUCGACCUCGGCAGCGAACUAUACGUUGACGAUGAAUACGACCCAUACGACGGCCUGGACGAGGAUCUGGCUUCAGACCUCGCGGCCGCCAAGGAGGCCAGCACGUCCUUCAGCACGAUACUAAAGAAGAAGCGCGUCCACCGGCGCAGGAAGCACCGCAAGGACGACGGCGGUAGCAGCGGCAACGGCAACGGCCACGGGAAGGAGAGCUCCUCGUCGAGGCAUCACAGGAGCAGGAGUCACAGCCGCCACCGCAAGCACAGGCACCACAGGGAACAGCCCCCCGUACCUGAGGAGGACGACGUUUUCCGCCCGUCGACCCCUGUACCCAUCAUCACGGCACCCAUCCAGGACACAUCCCCACAUCCCGUCCUGCUACAACCGGCCGUGUACGACCCCAACGCGAACCGGCACUCUGGCCCCGAGGACGGGAUAUCCUCGGUGCAACGGAACAUCGAGCAGGAGGAGGCACACCGCAUGCUGGCCGAGGAUGCGGCCAUGCGGGUCAGCGCGCUGCGCAAGGCCAAGGCGGCGGUGUUGAUGAAGCUCUCCAAGGAAUUCACACGCAAGGGCACCCCGGCGCCCGUGGCGGGCAGGGACAACUGCGGGCUGCAGAUGCGGCUGAGGGAGGGGCUCUUUGGAAAGAGCUUUGUGAGCGUAUUACCGGACGACAGGACCAUGUCGAGUCAGUCGGCACUGGUUCCACUGAUGGUGAUGCGGUAG